CCUUUGGGUAACCAGCAUGUAACUUAAAAUAUCCCUUCUUAAUGUAAUGUAAAGGUUAUGAGGACAAAGGAUGAUAUCCAAAGUAAAAAAGGUCUUGGUCUUUUAAAAAAGAGAGAGAAAUUUUCGCAGAAAAUUUAUUGAACACGGUUUGGUGUAAGUGCAUGCCGCGAUAAGGGUUUAUACGAUUACGGGGGAAUUAACAUUAGUUUAAUCUUUUGUAUGUCUGUAGUUUAUACGAUACCCUUUUACCCACCGUACUGUUAUUCCGCAUUAUAUGAUCAGAUCAUUUCAUAGGAUAGUAAAUUUAAUAUAUAAACACCAAAAAAGUAGACUGUUCUGCAUAGAAGAAAAUUUCUUGUAAGAAGACAAUUGCGGUCAUCAUUGUUUAAGAUUUGGUUAACAAAUAAUAAACAUGUAAACGGCAGAAUUGUAAUUCUGGUGAGUGAAUGAUGGUUUUGGGUUUUUUAUGUUUGUUUGUUUCUUCGUUUGGUCUGUUUGUUUGUUUUUUCAUCAAAUUGCUCGCUUUUGUUAUAGACGCGCACUUCCUCGGAGAAUACCGAAAAUAGCCAAAUAGGAAUUAAUUAGGCUUACCACAGGUAGCCCGAGCUCGAAAUAUGAGCAUCGGCGAGCAUUGGCAUUGUUGCAUAGCAUUCUGUAUAAGGAAUUAUAUGGGGAAAAACCUAUCGUUUCUGUAGCCUACGAAGAUGAAAGGAUUUCAACAAAAAACAGCUUACCUUACAUAAAAUGCGUGUUACAUCUCUCCUGUGUAGUCCAUGGGCCAAUUUAUGGCCGUUUUAGGGGUUCCACUGUAAGCGGAUUUCUCUAUAUAUUUGUAAACCGUUUACAGUACAACCCAUAAAACGCCCAUAAAUUGGCCCAUGGACCACACAGGAGAGAUGUAACACACAUUUUAUGUAAGGUAAGCUGUUUUUUAUUGAAAUCCUUUCAUUUUCGUAGGUUUCAGUAAAUUGCAAGUGAGUGCACCCUAUAUAGUGUGACCCCUGUCACCCUCUUCAGUACUAUGAAGAGAGUGACAGGGGUCACACAAAAACAGCCAAAAAAACCGACUAAGUAGAUGAAUUCACACCAAAAAAACACAGGAAGACAUCAAAGUUAAGUCUCCUUUAUUAGGCUGAUUUAGCAACAAAACUGGAACGUCAUUUGACGACGGGAAAGCGCGCGGAAAGGACUAAACUCGACUUCCGGUGUUCCUUUUGUUGCUCUGCCAUUGGUCAAGCGAGAUGUUUGAUUUGUGCGCGCCGUCGUCUACUGACGUUCCCGCUCUGUUGCUAAAUCAGGCUAUUUAUUUUAUAGCAAAAAGCAGGAGCCCAUCAAAUGGAGCCUCCAUUUCCAUUGAUUUCUUGAGUCAACCCUUUCCCGAGUAGAUUUAUAAAUAGAACGGCUUGUUUCCCGCGAAAAGUGUCAUAUUUCCGUGAGUCUCGUAUGUCACCGUGAAAAAAAUGAAGUUGGAUGAAGUCGAACUCAGAAGCCCGUCCUUCGACCGUUUUCCUUUUUUACUAUACGUCCAUUUUUACAGUUUUACAGCCGCUGGGAUCUGGGAUGAGAUAAAAGUUAAUGAAUUACCCGACUGAGACUGAGCAAGAAGCGAUGGGACAAAGGCAGCGAACUGAGGAUCACGGAAAGGUUCUUUGCGAGUGUUUGUUUUUGUUUUUUUUUGCCGUCAUACAUCCCACAUUUAAGCAUGCACCUUGAAAAGAGUCGACGAUUAAGCGUUCUGUGGACGAUUUGAAACUUUUCGAUGAUCAGCGCCGAAAAAGUGCCAGGAUUAUUUGAUUUUUGUCAUCGCCGUGGAGUGGAUUUCGUCAGUUAGCACCGCGUGCAAAAGCGAUGACCUAAGUAGCAACUAAGGAGGAAUGCUUCAGAAAAAUUGCAGUCUUCCUUUACAACUGACUUGUAUCACCAUGAGAGUUGCCUGAUAAAACUGGCACUUGAAAAGUUGAACAGAAGACAACAGUUGCUCGACCGUGAAGCUAACUCAAAAGUAAUUUGCUAACGGUGGAAUUUGUGACAUCGCGCUUCAGUCCAAAGACCCUCUUAUCUCAAGAAAAACAAAACGGAUUGUAUUUGCGCCAAAAGAAUUAUGACUGACUAACAGGAGGAUUCUCAGCAAUCAAUGUAGAAGUGUAGGCCAAUUCUUUCCUUCGAAUUCACAUCUGUAGAUCACUUUUUUGCGAGAAAACAAUGACUGGGCUCGGCGUUGCAAAACAUAGCAGGGAAUCAUCACACUAACUGACGGACAAAACAACCACAGUAUUUAUUCAGACAAACGCAUUUCGGGAAAAAAAAAACUUGAAAAACUAAAAAUUUCAUUAAUAUUGAGUCAUUUAGCCGAAAUAAGAACCUUAACGCUAAAAAAGAUUGGCUAAAGAAAACGAAUCCUGUCAGAACUACAGACUGCAGGUAGUAGUUAAUCAUUACGCAUGUAACAGACCAGCUUCAUGGCCUCUUAAUUUGAGACAAGCAACCAAAAUAAAGAUUAACAUAGUCAGAGUUUAAAACUCUCCGCUGUAUAAUCUAUCCGCUAGAAAGAAGAGAAAGAAAAUCUCUGAGAGAUGAAAACGCUAAAGUCACGUUUCACUAGCUUAUGAUUUUGUUUGGCCUGUCAGCACCGGAUUUCCUGCUGUUUCAUGAAGUACAAUAGCUGUGUCAUUUAGUCGUUGUGAUUGGCUCUUCCCACCGUCGGCGCGCGAAGUCUCCCCUGGGAACCGUUCUAAUUAUAAAUCUACUCGGGAAAGGGUUGACUCCAAGGGCUUGUAUGGGAGAUGGAGGCUCCAUUUGAUGGGCUCCUGCAAAAAGCAAAAACAGUGAUAUUUAGCCUUCGCAGACCUCAGUAUUUUAUUUCUCGUACAAAGUCUCAACGGUCUCUUGUGACGCGACACCGACUCUCUUGUAAGAAAGUAAAUUUAUACAACACACUCAUAACUUGAGCUUGGGAUGCCUGUGAUGAAUCCUUGUCCAGGAUGGAUUCAUCGGUUCAUUUAGGGACGGACCAUUAGAAAAGUUAUUGGGGGUGGUGGGGGGGGAUUUUUCGAGCCGCAGGAAUUUUUUUUCGUUAUCAAAUUCCCUGUAUGAAUUUUUUUUAGGCCGUAGCAUGAAUAUCUUUUAGCGUUAAUUGGCGUGCAUGAAUUUUUUUCAUUUAAUUUUCCUUUGCGCGAAUAUUUUUUUGUACUUUGCCCGCCCCACCCCACCCCCCAUAAGUUUUCUAAUGGUCCGUCCCUUAAUCUACCAUUAUCCGAGUGAUCUCGGAUCACUGAUCCUGUUCCAGAUCAUCCCCCUGGGAUCAUCCCAAAGGAACGCACCCCAAGUAAGUCUAAUUAAUUACUACUUGCCUUCUUCCUGUCUUCCUUUUAGCAUUUUUUUCCGUAACAAUGUUAUUGCAAUUAGGUGUAAGUCCUGGUGCUCUUUCUUUCAUUUGAAAAUAAGAAUUCAUUCGCAUGAGUAUGAACUGGUUUUUAUAAGUUGCGCUUUGCACAAGCCAUCACUUUAAAAAGAAGGUUUAGCAUGCUCUGAAACUGUUUCAGUUUCAGUUAAGUUUCAAUGUAUUUUUUUUGCCAGAAAAAAAAUUACAUAUGCAUACAGACAUUCAAUAUAUUACAAAUAUGCUAUUUAAAGAUUAAAGAGACGUAAAUUGCAAGUAAAAAAAUUUUAAAAAAAUUUUGUGGCGUUGAAGCUCAAAUGGAAACCUUGUUGGGGCUUAUUAUAUGGGCUGGCUCCCUAAACUGAGACUAAACAUAAUGAAUAAAUAAACUGCAAAGUCAUGCUGAAAUAUAUAAUUAGGAUAAAAAGCAAGCAAAACAAAACGGACAAAACAGACAAAAUGCAGCAAAAAACAAGUAUUAUUUACAAAUGGUUAACAAGAGCGAAUCCCUGUGCCCCAUGAUAAUUUUUUUUAAUCUAUUUAAAGUUCGCGCGCGUGCUGCGUAGGUUAUUUUUGUCUGUUGUUUCCGUGACCCGCGUGGUCUACUUUCUCGUGAACGUGACAUGUUUCGCCGCCAAACAUUUGAAGUUUGACAGCCAUCAUAGUAAUUAGCGCCAGGAGCCGACAAUAAUCGGCUCCUGUUGUUGACGUGUUUUUGAUCAGCGCGUUCCGCUCAUAAUUUAGGAGUGAAUUUCAUUUACAAAGGAUUGCAGUAUUGGAGUCAAAAUCUCACUUUGAGAUUAAAGAUUGAGAUUUUCUAACGGCUGGUAGCCAUUUAAAGUAACGAAUGUUGAAUUCUGACACACCGUGAAAGCCAAAGGCAAAGGUUACCACGUGCGAAACACGAAACCUUUAAUAGGUGGCUGGCUUUAAUUGUUUAUGUAAAUGUGCAAGAUAUUUUUUCUCUCUUUCCAGGAAUGUUUUUUUUUCAAAACCGUACAUUUACUUUUAAGAAUUAUUCUUGAGAGUUUCAACUGCAUUACUUCUUCGAAACGCCUAAUACUUGCGAUGAAUAAUUCGCCUGCGAACACAAAUCAGGUCAGAUGCUUCAAGCUGUUAGACAAUCGCUAACAUAGAUGCCAGAGACUUUUUAUGCGCGGUUUCCGGUUUCGGUCAGUUCUUUAUAGUGAGCGGUGUGCCCACAUUUGUCUAGCGCUGUCUCAGAAUUCAAAUGUUUGGCGGCCAACACGUUUAUGUUUGAACCCACUUUGAACCUAUUUUCUCGUUACGUGUCCACGGUUGGAUCUAAACGACGGUAUCACAGCUCGCGGGUGUGCGUGAAUGUCACCGGAAGAGGCAGUUGUCGUUUUUGUGCAAUGUUUUUAUACUGAUGUAGCGAAGACCUCAAUUAGCAAUUUCCAGCGAGUCGGAACCGCUCUUCUCCGGCGAACUUCCACAAGCCAGAACCGGCCAGAACCGGCCAGAUUUUUCCACGUAGGAAUCUUUUGAGUCGUCGACAAAAGUAAUACCAAGUUCGAACGUCAUAUCGCUUGCCGUGCGUGAUCGGCAGUGAAAUGAAUUACCCGCCAAGUUUAAAAUUACAUGACGCCACUUAAACCGACCAAUAAGGCGGCGUCCUUAAAAUAACCACGCAGUAUGACACAGAACCAAGAAUAGAUUGAAAAUAAUUUACAUGGAAAGAGGGUCAUGUAUGGGGGAUUCGCUCUCUUAGAUCAUUCUCUCUUGUGGUUAAUCAACUAAGAAGAAAUGUUCUUAAUCUGGAUUUAAAAAGAGAGAUAGUAGCAGCAAAAACGAACGUAAAGCAUUUUUUCUCUUUAAUUCUCAUCUCGUAAGUAUGGUAGAAACUGAUCCAGACAUAAUUUAGCCCAUUUUUUGAACAUGUGUAUAAUUGUUAAGACUUCCUGGUUGCGAUGAGACGAUUAGUAGUACAUUAAUAACUUAAUGAGCGCGUCAGUUAAACCUCUGGCAAUUGAUUAAACUUGGGCUUUUUUAAUCAAUUUGAAUCUUUGUUCCACAGAUGUAUCGAUCAAGAAUCGGUUAAUAAACUUUGUAUCACUGAUCAUGACAGUUUAGCUCGUUUUCUAAAAACCAGACAAUUGUGCUGUUUGUUUUGCCAAUUGCACGGCAGCAACAAGAUUGCCAAUAACUCUGUCGUUUAAUAAAAUGAAAAUACAGCCCACCGCAUAUCUAAUUGGUUUGUGACAUUAUGAAGCUAUCACAUAAGGAAAACAGAUAUACUAAAAAAAGGUUCGCUUGAACGUAGUUGCUUCGGAGAAAAGUCAUGGUAAUGACAAACUACCAAACAAUUAGAGAACUGUACGAAUUGUUCUGCAAAAUUCACUGGAGAGUCGAGGAGAGGUACAUGGCGAGCUAAUUUUUCUCUAAGACAAAAGAGAACAGCUAAAUGUGAUGGUGAAUGAUGGUGCAAGUUCCAUGUUAAUAUUUUGGGUUCACUAUACUCAAUCGAAAUGAACGUCACCAUAGCGUUUUUGAUUUUAAAUAUUUUACCUUUCAUAUAACAGAUCCGAAUUGGACGCGCCGGAAGAUGAUGUAAACGGGGGAAAUAAAUUUAAAAAACAAUUUUGAUGUGAAAUAGCAAUUUAAGCAAUUGCAAAUAAACCGCCCAAAAUGUUAAAGUUAUAGCCCAAACAGUUUGACAUGUUUGGGGAUAUACUCGGUUAAGACUUCCUCUUCUAGCCAAUUUAGUGCUGGUAUCCAUGUGAACGUCAGUCAAAGCUAAAGAAAAACGGCACAAGUAAUUUGAAGAUACAAAAUACAGAAACACAUAAAAGCCCCCAACUUUAAUAUAAGCGCCACUAGUAAAAGGGUCGCCAAUAUAAGCUCCACUCUAACUUGCAUUGAAAUGAAUUUGAUUUAUUAUGAUACUUUGAAACUUUUACCAGUAACUGCAAAACAUAUUUAAAUCAGCACCGCUUUAGCUUGUUUCCAACAGCUUUUCCCAUUCACGUUACAAUCUCCCUCGGAUAUAACGAGGCCCCUUUGUUUAAUUUAUAAGCCCUCCUAAAACCGAUUACGAAGAUGUGUAAUCCCAGAGUAUAUCAUAUGCUCGGCUAACAAACUUAACACCACCUUUGAAGAAAUUUUCUCGCUCUUGCUCUCACUGUGUUUACUGAAACUGCAUUGCUCUCAGCUAUUUUUUUUUUCGUGAUUAUUAAUAUGAUAAAAACAGGUUACAUUCUAAUUUCCUAAGCUCGAACAAACGUAUAUUAUUUUCUUUAAUUCACAUCUCGUAACUGACCCAGACUUUAAAGCCCAUUAUUUGAACUUUUGUACAUUGUUACUAAGACUUUAGUGUCUGCGAUGACCCUAUGAGCGCGUCAGUUUAACCUCUGGCAAUUGACGAAAACCGUUUUUUACCCAGUUUGAAUAUAUGCGUAAUAGAACUAUCGAUCAUGACUUGGUUAAUCGACUUUUUAUUACUGAAUGUUCAGCUCGUUUUCUAAAAGCCAGCCAAUUGUGCUAAUUUGCUCCCUAAUGGCACGGCAGCACAAAGGCAACACCAAGAUUGUCGAUUGUCGAUUGUCAUAUAAGGAGGACAGAUGUAUUAAAAAAGAGUUCAGCUGACUGUAGCCGCACCGCAGAAAAGUCUUGGAAAUGCAAAAUUUUACUAGAGGUGACAACCUGCAAACAGUUGCAGAAUUCUUGUGCUCUGCAGAAUUUACUGGAGAGGUACAUGGCGAGCUCAUUUUUCUCUCUGUCAUUAACGCUUUUUUGUCCAUUACAGCAUUUUUAGGGAACGCUCUGAUCCUAGUUGCCCUUCACAAAUUUAAAAAGCAAUUUAAAUGAAGAUAUAAUCUUGACGUAGUGAAAUAGCAAUUUAAGCAAUUGCAAAUAAACCGCCCAAAAUGUUAAAGUUAUAGCCACAAAGUUUAACAUGUUUAGGGAUAUACUCGGUUAAGACUUCUUCUUCUAAAGAAAAUGUGGCCAAUUUAGUGCUGGUAUCCAUGUGAACGUCAGUCAAACCUGAAGAAAAACGGCACAAGCAAUUUGAAGCUACAAAAUACAGAAACACUUUAAUAUAAGCCCCAACAGUAACAGGCUCGCAAAUAUAAGCUCCUCUCUAACUUGCAUUGAAAUGAAUUUGAUUUAUUAUGAUAUUUUGAAGCUUUUACCAGUAACUGCAAAACCUAUUGAAAUCAGCACUGCGCUAGCUUGUUUCGAAGAGCUUUUUCCAAUUCCCUUACAAUCCCCCUCGAAAGAUGUAUAAUUCCAGGGCUUUUCAGCGGCAGUUUACGGCACCGCAUAUCAUAUGUUUGGCUCACAAACUUAACACCUCCGUAGAGCAACAUUUUUUCUCGUUCUUGUUCUCACUAUGUUUACUAAAACUGCUGAUUAUUCUCAGCUAAUCGUCGAAUUCAACUCUUUUUUUCAUGAUUUUUAUAUGAUAAAAACAGGUUAUAUUCUAAUUUCCUAAGCUCGAACGAACGUUUUAUUUUCUUUAAUUCCCACCUCGUAAAUGGCCCAGACUUUCGAACCCAUUAUUUGAACAUUUUUACAUUGUUACUGAGACCUCACUGCCUGCGAUGACAUUAUGAGCGCGUCAGUUUAACUUCUAGCAAUUGACGAAAACCGUUUUUUACUCAAUUUGAAUAUACGCUUAACAGAAAUAUCCAUCAAGACUUGGUUAAUAGACUUUUUAUUACUAACAGUUUAACUCGUUCUCUAAAAGCCAGGCAAUUGUGCUAUUUGCUGGCUAAUCGCACGGCAACACAAAGGCAACACUAAGAUUGUCUAAUUCCAUCGUUUAAUAAACUGAAAAUACAGAACAAAUAUUUAAUUGUUUGCUGGCAAGGUGCAUGUAGCAGUCAUAUAAGGAGGACAGAUGUAUUAAAAAAGAGUUCAGUUGACUGUAGCCGCAUCGCAGAAAAGUCAUGGAAAUGAAAAAUUCUACUGGAGGUAAAAACCCGCAAACAUUUGCAGAACUUUACUGCUCUGUAGAACUUACUGGAGAGGUACAUGGUGAGCUCGUUUUUCUCUCUGUCAUUAACACUUUUUUGUCAAUUACAGCAUUUUUGGGGAAUACUCUGAUCCUAGUUGCCCUUCGCAAGGACACAUCAAUUCAUCCGUCAUCCAAACUCUUGUAUCGUAACCUAGCGAUAACCGAUCUUUGCGUUGGUAUCAUUGUCGAGCCUCUACUGGUUGGAUAUUGGAUAUCUGUGGUCAACAGAAGAUGGGAUAUUUGCUAUUACGCAUAUUUGACAGUAUAUUUCGCAGCUGUUACUUUGAGUUUACUGUCGUUGAUGACACUGACUGCAAUAAGCGUUGACAGACUUCUUGCUUUGCUACUGGGUCUCAGAUACAGACAAGUUGUAACUUUGAAAAGAACACGUUUAAUUGCUAUUGGUGGUUGGAUUGUGUCUGUUGUCGGUGCAUCUACAUCAUUUCUGAAUCCUCUUAUAACUUCAUUGUACGGAUGUAUUGUUAUAGCUUUUUGUUUAGUCACUACAAUCUGUGCCUACACAAAAAUCUGUCUCUGCGUCAUAACCAAAUUCAUGGUCAGAACCAUGUUGUUCAAGGGCAAUCGAGCCAAGCAAAUACACUGAAUAUAGCUCGAUACAGAAAGGCAGUAUACGGUGCACUGUGGGUGCAGGUAACAUUGGUUAUUUGUUAUCUGCCGUACAGUAUAGCUGUAGCUUUAACACCUCAAGGGCGGUUGCCGUUGUCUACUUACCUUGCUAGGCAAUUUACAGUUACUUUAGUGUUUUUAAACUCGUCGUUAAACCCGUUUCUGUACUGCUGGAAAAUCACAGAAGUGAGAAAAGCUGUGAAAGAAACAUUACAACAACUACACGUCUGUACCUGA